AUGGACGGCAAGAGCGGAGGGCAAGGCCAAUUACUAAGCCACUGGAGCUGGAGCUGGAGCUGGACCUCGACGCCGCCGUGGCAAGCGUGGGUGCUGUCCCGCUCCGCUCCCGGUCUUGGCACCAACAGGAGCAGCAACGCGUCGAUCGCCGUCGCCGACCCUGCCUCUGCCGCCGUGUCCAGCUCAACCUCGACCGCGAACGACAUUGAGCUCCAGCCCUGGCGUUCGACCUCUGCGUCCACAUUGACCGCCAAAGAGAGCCCGUUGACGCCGUUCGCCAACCUGCGAUCGAGACCCCACAACCACACCCGCACCAGCUCCGCCACCAGUCUUUGCUCGAACUCGAGCACCUCGUCCACCACCAGCAACACCAGCACCUCUUCCGUCAAGAGCCAGGAAGCCCAGUCAGUCUGGCGUGACUACUGGUGA